UAUUCAGAACGGGUCAGCCAUGAGGAUAUCCGCAGCGCCUCUCUUUGCGAUCAUUUCAUUGUGCGUUAUUGCAGUGUCUUGUACCCCAAGAGUGACAAUUAGAAAUGGAACACUUGAAGGAUCUAUACUGCAGUCCAGGAAGGGGCGGAAUUUCGUAGCGUUUAGGGGAAUUCCGUAUGCUCGGCCACCAGUAGGAGAAUUACGCUUCCAGGCACCCCAACCACCAAAUUCUUGGACAGGAGUUCGCUCCGCUAAGGCUGAUGGAACAGUCUGCGUUCAAAGAAACUACGAUAACACUAGUUCAAAAUCAACUGGAUCGGAGGAUUGUCUUUUCAUUAAUGUGUUUACCCCAGAAUUGCCAAGGAGAACUAGGAGACAUACCCCUAAACGUUAUGCUGUUAUGGUGUGGUCUCAUGGUGGUGGCGUCGAAGGUUCCAGUCAUUCUUUGCUCUACGGUCCGAAGUUUCUUCUCGACCACGAUAUUGUUCUCGUCACCAUGAACUAUAGAAUGGGACCUCUGGGUCUUUUGAGCACCGCAGAUAGUGUCAUCCCAGGGAAUGCUGGCCUAAAGGAUCAUGUUCAGGCCCUCCGAUGGGUUCAAGAAAAUAUUGCUACGUUCGGAGGUGAUCCCGCCAAAGUAACCAUCUUCGGUGAGAGUUUUGGGGCUUCAAAUGUGCAUUUGCUUACGUUGAGUCCACUGGCAAGAGGACUCUUCCACCAGGUGAUUAGCCAGAGCGGCACUGCCAUCAAUCAAUGGCCAUACCAUACCGCAAAAUCCGCGAGGGAGAGCGCUCACCGUCUCGCCAGAGAACUGAAUUGUCCUACAGAUACUUCCGAGAAACUUCUUCAGUGCUUACGUACAAAGGAUGCCGGCGAUGUCAUGAUGCAGCCUGCAAAUUGGCCGAUCUUCAUUGGAGCUCCAGAUCUACCAUUCCGAGCGGUGAUAGAAUCCCCCAAUCCAGGUGCGUUUUUAACAGACGAGCCUGGAAAAUUGAUGGAACGUGGCCAGUUUGCAGAUGUUGCUUGGUUGAAUGGUGUAAACGCUCAGGAAGGAGCUCUCGCCGCUGGCGUUCUCUAUGCAUCACCCAAUCAAACGAAUGUCAGGCGGUUGAAUAACGAGUUUACUGAGCUUGCACCACUAGCCAAUGGUUUAGACAGAGACUGCCCAAAACCAAUCUUGGACGAUAUUACAAGAAGAAUACGUCAAUAUUACUUCGGUGACAAGCAAAUCGAUGAGUCCACUAGGAUGAACGUUGUAGAUAUGAUUUCUGAUUCGAUCUUCAAGUUCGCUAGUGCCACCGCAGCGAAAUUACAUCUUCAAGGUGCAAGGAAUCCGGUAUAUUACUAUCAAUUUGCAUACAGAGGCUCCUUGAGUUACUCAGCUUUUGGUGAUCCCACGAAAGACUAUGGUGUCUCUCAUGCUGACGAACUUCUGUACCUAUUUCCAGUACAUGAAGUUCUGUUUCCGACUGGUACAAUGAGUCAGAGAGAUUUCCAAAUGGUGGAUGUGAUGACUGCUUUAUGGUCCAACUUUGCGAGAUUCGGGAAACCUGUACCAUCCCGUACAUCUACACUUCCCGUUGAUUGGGAACCUGUUAGAACUGAUGCGCUUGAGACGUUUUCUAUCGAGAGUCCAACGAGCUUCAAAAUGUCUAAUAAUGUCUUCAAAGAUAUGAUCAACCUGUGGUCUAGUUUUCGCUGUCGCGCCGGUCUUUCUCGUACAGCUAAUCUACCUACUGCAUAAUAUAAUUUUGCAAAGAAUCUCGAUGUGAUUCCGGGGAUUCUGUCAUUUGAUUCAAUGACAUCAUUAAUUAUUCAGAGACAGCAUGCAAAACCUGCAAAACAAUUUUUUUCUCGAUAGAAACAAAAUUAUAUCGUUUUAUAUAUGUAUCGAAUUGUGUAUAUAAGUGUUUGAAAACUAGGUACUUAGCGUCAUUUGUCUUCAACUAUAUUCGUACAUCAUUUUGUGUAACUGUGAAAUAAAUCGAUUGCAAGUCAAA